GCCAGCCCAACCCCGCGCCUGCGCAGUGCCCCGUGCAUGUCGCCCAUGCCCGGCAGAGGGCGCUCUGCUUUGCGCGUGCGCAGUCUGCCACCCUGCGAGUACGCGGUUCGUACCCGGCCGCGCGGAAGCCCGUGCCUGCGCACUGCUCUGUGCCCGCGCCUAUGUCCCGCAGGGGGCGCGCAGCGGCGGUAGCCGAGCGAGGGCGCGGUGGCCUCUGACAGGAAUGGCUCUGAGCACGUGCGUUUCACAGCAGUGGAAGUCCUCACACCCGGAAAUUCGACUUUGGCCGUUUCUCCAUUUCUCCUUACGCACUGUCUUUCCUUGGACCCUCGUCACUCCUGGCACCGGGGGAAGCGCUUCCCCGCCUCUGGCCGGGCGCUGGGGCGCGACCGAAGGCGAGGCGGCGGCGAGGAACCUUCUGGAAUUCGGCCGUCGGGGCAGGCGUCGAGUUUACAGGAGAAGGCGCGGUGUCCCGGGAUGAGCGGAGUCGCCCUCAUUUUAGGCUAUCCUUCAGUGUCUUUGUUUGAACAUUAUAUAAUUGAUGAUCCCAAAGCUUUCUGCAUAUUGGCAGGAAUUGUUUUUGACCAUAACGUCAAUGACAGCAAUGGAUCUUUGCCACUUGUGGUUAAGUAUCAAUUGCGCUUCAGUUACUUUCAGAAGAAUUUUAUACCGGGGAAGAAUAUAUUUUUCCAAGAUGACAUAGAAGGCUGGUGCACAUCCUUUCUUUACCCUCUCAAUCCAUGCCAAGAACCCCGUGAAUUUCCAUUUGCUGAUGGGGGAAGUCCUGGAUACAACAAAGAAGGCUUCCUGGCCAUACAGUAUGCUGUGGAUAAAGCCAUCAUGUGGUACCAUGCUCACAGUGCAAUUACCAACAUGUUUGAGAAUCUCAAUGUACUUGUGAAGAGAUUCCCAUAUGGACCCUAUAUUGAGGACAGGUUCUUCCUAGUCCUUCAGAAUGAGUUUUCUCUGUUCUUCAUACUCAGCUUCAUGUGCAUUGAGCUCAUCAUCAUCAAUUCCAUUGUACUGGAGAAAGAGAAAAGACUGAAGGUAACCCCAGCUACUUCAGGUGUAUGCCUCUCCUGGGACAGGAAUGUGGGGAAGCUGCUAAUGAAAAAUGACCAGAAUAGGAAUGAAGCCAAAAGGAGGUUGCUUAGGUGUCCAAGCAACUUCCAAGCCCAUGCUGGAACUGCUGUAGGAGACAUCAUCUUCUCCUUCACCUACCUCCCAUACCCAUACCUCAUGUUCAGCUACAUCCAGAGAAGCUACUUCCAAAAGAUUGCCUGUUGCCUCUUCUCAAAUGUUGCCAUGGCACUGGGAGUCCGAUUCAUCACUAUGUUUGAGGCAAAAGGCACAGGCAUCCAAUGGAGGAAUAUGGGCAGUGUAUGUGGAGAAUUUAACUUCACUCAGGUGCUGCUGGACUCUUUCUUGUACUACUUAAUAGCCUGGUAUGUGGAGUCCAUCUUCCCAGGGAAGUAUGGUACACCCAAGCCUUGGUACUUCUUUGCUGUGCCCUCCUACUGGCAUGGAAAGCCUGUACCUGUUACCCAAUCAUUGCUGGACAUGAGGGUUCCUGUAAAAACUCCAAACAGCAAGUUCAUUGAGAAAGAGCCUACAGAUUUGAUCAAAGGAAUUGAAAUUCAGCAUCUAUAUAAGGUCUUAUUCCCCCUACAAGUGGAUGUGCAUAUGUCAAUGGAUAUGAGAUUCCACAAGAGAUGUUUCACAUUAGGAAGAGCCUGGGCUGGUGCCCCCAACAUGGUGUCUUAUUUGAUAAGUUAACAGUAGCAGAACAUCUUUCUUUCUAUGGUCAGCUGAAGGGCCUGUCACGCCGGAAGUGCCCUGAAGAAGUCAAGCAGAUGCUGCAUGUCAUCGGCCUGGAGGACAAGUGGAACUCACGGAGCCGCUUCCUGAGUGGGGGCAUGAGGCACAAGCUCUCCAUCGGCAUUGCCCUCAUCGCAGGCUCCAAGGUGCGGCAGUGGGACUGGAGGCAGUGGGCUCCCCUCCUGCUCGACCUGGGACUAUAGGCGCCUGCCACCACGCCUGCUAAUUUUUUGUAUUUUUAGUAGAGAUGGGAUUUCACCGUGUUAGCCAGGAUGGUCUCGAUCUCCUGACCUUGUGAUCUGCCCGCCUCGGUCUCCCAUAGUGCUGGGAUUACAGGCGUGAGCCACCACGCCUGGCCUACUUUCUAUUUCUUUUUUAAAAAAAUGGCUGGGUGCAGUGGCUCAUGCCUGUAAUCCUAGCACUUUGGGAAGCCAAGGCGAGUGGAUCACCUGAGGUCAAGAGUUUGAGACCAGCCUGGCCAACAUGGUGAAACCUCAUGUCUACUAAAAAUACAAAAAUUAGCCAGGCAUGGCGGCAGCCAUCUGUAAUCUCAGCUACUUGGGAGGCUGAGGCAGGAGAAUCGCUUGAACCCAGGAGGUGGAGGUUGCAGUGAGCCAAGAUCAUGCCAUGGCACUCCAGCCUGGGCUUCAGAGAAAGACCCUGUCUGAAAAAAGAAUAAAAAAUAAAAAU